GAAAGAAAAAAGUUAGUGAUAGUGAGAGAGACAUUUUGAUUCUGGUGAUUCAAAAUAAUUUAUAAUAAUAAUUAUCACCAAUAUUUGGCAAUCGAAAUUUCCUGCCUUUUAUAAUUUGAUAUAAUUUUGUUCAAAUGGCAUCCAUAUUAUCGCGUUCGUCAUCGAAAUGUUUGGCCAACAUUAAAAAUAAAUCGAUUAAUUUGGCCAAUCAAAAGAACAAUGUCUCCUCCUAUACAAAUGUCAAUAAUAAACGAAAAAUUUUAUUGGCCACGGCCGGUGUUGUUGGUGCUGGUACCGUCGGUUUAAUUUAUAGUCUACAUCAAUCCGUUAAAGCUAUGGAUAUCUAUUGCCAUCCACCAGAUUAUCCAUGGCCACAUUAUGGUUUUUUUAAAUCAUUCGAUCAUAAAGCAAUUCGUCGUGGUUAUGAGGUAUAUAAACAAGUUUGUGCCGCUUGCCAUAGCCUUAGAUUUGUUCGUUACCGUGAAUUGAUUGGCGUUUCACAUACGGAAGAUGAAGCACGUGCUGAAGCCGAAGAGAUUCAAGUACAAGAUGGUCCAAAUGAAGAUGGUAAAAUGUUUAUGCGACCGGGUAAACUAUCCGAUGCUUUUCCAUCGCCAUAUCCCAAUGAAGAAGCUGCACGUGCUGCCAAUAAUGGUGCAUUUCCACCGGAUUUGAGUUACAUUGUACUUGCGCGACAUGGCUACGAGAAUUAUAUUUUCUCAUUGCUAACUGGCUAUCAGGAAACACCGGCCGGAUUGGUUAUCGGUGAAGGACAAUAUUUUAAUCCGUAUUUCCCCGGUGGUGCCAUUUCUAUGGCACAAGCAUUGUAUGAUGAAGCUGUAGAAUAUUCGGAUGGUACACCGCCUAUUGCAUCACAAUUGGCUAAAGAUGUGACAACAUUUUUAGCCUGGUGUGCACAACCCGAGCAUGAUAAACGUAAAAAAUUGCUGAUUGACUCAUUUAUCGUUUUGAGUACAAUCGGUGUUGCACUGUGGUAUUGGAAACGACAUAUAGGCUCAUCACUCAAAUCUCGUAAAAUUCUUUUCCGUCAGUCACCGUCUUCUUCGAAACCUAAAAAUUAGAUUUAAAGAAU